AUGUUCGAAACUUCUGAACAAAACCAAAAAAGCGAGCUGUCGCUAAUGUUACCUAUCGAACGCAACCAAAAGGAAAUUCGACGGGAAAAGAACAGAUUGGCCCAGCGGCGGCAUCGAGAGGCAAAGCGAAAAAGUGUGAAUAGGACAAGCAGUUACGAUAAGGCUCAUCCGAAUCAAGCAGAAGAGAGUGCUUCGUCACAGGAGAGACGGAUAUCACAGAGCCCGGCUCAUAAUGUUGCCGACCCCGUCAACUUCGAUUUCUUCAAAGAAAUUGGGCGAAUUUCGAAUGCGGCCGAAACAAGGGGUAUGGAGAGAGAAAUCAUCGACGAGUUAACCAAUAUUAAUUCGACUUGGGAGCCGAGUUUCUUCCAAGAGAGCUCAAUGCAAAGCCAGCCAUCCCAUACCACUUCGGAGGCUGCAAGCAUUCCUGAUAACUUCUUAAAUAUUAUGGGAGACAAUCAUCGGCGGGGAGGAAUGAAAGCCAUCCAUCAGUGGGGUUCCAAUAGCAACGAUCCGUCCCCUUUUGGGCCAGCUGUACUGAGCACGCAGCCCGAUCCACGAUUGAUUCCAGUGGACUCUCUAGACAAGAUCCAGCCACCAUUGUUUUCUGACCGGUGUCACUCCCAGAAUCCUGACUUCCAACCAGCGGAAAUAUCGCGGUCACCCGAUUUGAAAGGCGGCGUCUUCCGAAUUGAAGACACAGAGAAUCAUGAUGAACAUCAAUUUCGCACAGGGAUGGAUGGCUCGGAUGUUCUCGAUAAACCUCUCCAAUCCCUUUCACAAGAGAUAAUAACAACAAUAACGGACCCAUCAGGUACUAAGACAGAUUGUAGUAGAAACAAGCGAAGGAGAACAUCUGACGGAGACGGCGAGAGACGAUUGGAAAAGGGUCUCUCGGUCGUCGAAGAGGUGGGUUAUGAGUCACUGGAUGCUGUAGUUGCUGAAUAUUACAUCGGCCAGUUUCCAAAAGACUCUCUUCUUGCUUCUGAACAGUUUCAUUCACGGACACGGCGGCUCGGAAGACUCUUGAACCAAGUCCACCAAAGCUCCAAGAUUUGGAGUAAAAAAGAAGCCGCCGGCUAUCGCGACAUCGUUAUACGAGCUGCAGAAGAGCUAUUUCAAGAGGAAGUCCGGAGUCGACUUAGGGGCGCCAUCGGGGCGUCACCUCAACCACGCACUCGUGCAUCUCCAUCUUUUUCAUCGACAAAUAGCCCUUGGAUAUCCAAUCACGAGGAUCCUGAUAUUCUUUCGGGAUCAGCAGCCGACGUCUCACUUAAUGACGAUAGAUCAUCAGCCCAUACAGCUAUCCGAGACAUGCUUCACGAGAGCGGCCUAACUCCAGUCCUCACGAAGGAUUUGUCUCGACUUCAAAAUACGGUAAGUGGAGAGAUUCGUGAGCGAGCGGGCUUCGCCGGCUAG